GGGGGAUGGGAUAAGCCCCGGUGUGCAGCUGCUGAUUAUUUUGCAUGGAUGGCUGUAGAGAAAAGGGUGUUGUGCUGAAAGAAGCUGCUGGUUCUGGUUUGUCCAAUUUUCCUACCGAUUAAAGGUUUGGCCCAGUGAUAGUGCCAGAACGGAGAAUUGCUAAACGACACAAAGAUUAUACGCAUAUUACAUUUUGACAUGAACCAAGACCAGAAAACAUCUUAUACCUCAGAGGAUGGUAUCGAGAAUAAGCAGCAAACAUCUACCAAAAUCAGAAGCAAACAUCACCCAUCGUCCACAAAUGGUGAUGCUCCAGAUAAGCAUGAGCAGAUCUUUCUAAAGAUGGAUUCAUUAAAUGCUAAAUGUCCUCCAGAUGUAACUUCUAAGGAGAUAACAACUGAUCACUGUCCAAAACAGAGACCAAACAAUGUACCUGAAAAUUUAGGAACGAUAACUAAUCAGAAAAAUGAGAUGCAGGGCAUAAGAAUGCCCAGAGAACAUGACCAAGAGUAUAAUAUAGACACAAAGAACACACUUUCACAUGGAUUUGAUGUGGUAGCAGAACCAAGCAUGCAAUGUGCUGAUGUCAAAAUUGCUGAGAGGUUGACUGGAGCAUUGGCAAAUGGAAUUAACUGUGAAUUAAAAACUAAGGAGAAUACAAGUGAAAGGUCAGAAGAUGUCAAAAUCAUGGAAAUGGCUGAGAAAAAUGACUGCAAUAUUUCAUUGGUGGAAAGCAACGCACAUAGAAUUGGCACAGAGAUGAAAUAUUAUGAAGAGGAGCAGAACAGGUUGUUAAUUGAAGAGAGGAUGCUUGAUGAUACUACAGUAGGAAAAGAACAAGUCGAAAUGAAGGACAGCCGAGAUGGAUUCAGUUCUACAUUUGAAAGAAUUGUAGAAUCUGAUCUUAUGAAAGGCACUUCGUACAGUAGCCUGGAUUCUUUGGAUGUAUUGUCACUGACUGAUGAGACAGACAGCUGUAUCAGUUUUGAUGCCCCACUCACACCACUGAUUCAACAACGCAUUAAAGAAACUCCUGAACUGCUGCACCAGAAGCUGAUUCAGGUUGCUGAACAGCGAGAAAUCCAGGCAGCUGGAGUUAGUGAAGAACAGUCUAAAACGGAUGAGGAGUAUUCAAGUAUUGAAAGUCCCCUGAAACACUCACUCACCAGUAGCAGGUCUGAGAAUGUGCUGAGCAGAUCUUCUUUAAAAUCAGUACCAAAUGGUUUUCACAGUGAGAGAGAUGACGCAGAAGAUAACAUUGGCAGGAUCAUUAACUCAGUCAGUGAUGCCAACUUUAAGGACGUCCUAUCUGAUUCUGAUUCCGAAAUGGGAAGUACAGAACAGCUAGAACAUGGGAGCACUGACACUUUGGCUAAUGAUUGCAAAACAAAUGCCGAUCCUGCAAAAAGACUUGCCAAACGACUGUUUAAUCUCGAAGGGUUCAAAAGAUGUGAUGUCGCACGCCAUCUUGGAAAGAACAAUGAUUUCAGCAAGCUGGUGGCAGAAGAAUAUCUUAGUUUCUUUGACUUCACAGGCUUGACUUUGGACAAAGCACUUAGGCGUUUUUUGAAAGCUUUUCCAUUGAUGGGUGAAACUCAGGAGCGGGAGAGAGUUCUGAUCCCAUUUUCCAAGAGAUACUGUCAAUGUAAUCCUGAUUCUAUUAAUUCCGAAGAUGGAGUCCAUACACUAACAUGUGCACUAAUGCUUUUGAACACAGACUUGCAUGGUCAUAAUAUUGGGAAAAAGAUGUCAUGUCAGCAAUUUAUUUCUAAUCUGGAUGGCCUUAAUGAUGGAAAGGAUUUUCCAAAAGAUUUAUUGAAGUGGUUGUAUAACUCAAUAAAAAAUGAAAAGCUGGAGUGGGCUGUGGAUGAAGAAGAAUUAAGAAAAUCUCUCUCAGAGCUUGUGGAUGAUAAGUUUGAUAGUUGUCCAAAGAAAGUGACAAGAAUAAUUGAUAGUAGCAAUCCAUUCCUUGACAUCCCUCAGGCAUUGAAUGCAGCAACAUACAAACAUGGUGUCCUCAAUCGUAAAACACAUGCAGAUAUGGAUGGCAAGAGAACACCUAGAGGAAGACGAGGAUGGAAAAAAUUUUAUGCUGUACUGAAAGGAACCAUUCUCUACUUGCAAAAGGAUGAAUAUAAGCUAGACAGGGAUUUAUCUGAAGUGGAUCUGAAAAACGCUAUUCGCUUACACCAUACAUUGGCGAUAAGGGCCAUUGAUUACAGCAAACGGCCUAAUGUUCUUAAACUGAAGACAGCAGACUGGAGAGUCUUUCUUUUCCAAGCACCAAGUGACGAAGAAAUGCGCUCAUGGAUACUGAGAAUAAAUCUGGUGACUGCUAUUUUCUCAGCCCCCUCGUUUCCAGCUGCUAUCGGGUCGCUGAAGAAAUUUAGCCGACCUCUUCUCCCUUCAUCUAGUACUAAACUUUCUCAGGAAGAGCAGCUAAGGUCACAUGAGACCAAACGGAGUCAGAUUGCAACUGAAUUAGCAGAACACAGUGCUCAACCUCCUGGGAAGAAUGUCAAAUCGAAAGAAGCAGAGGAGUACCGACUGAAAGAACAUUAUUUAAUAUUUGAGAAAAAUCGAUAUGAAGCGUAUGUUAACCUACUGAAGGCAAAACUAAAGGUAGGAACUGAUGAUCUGGAAAAAAUAGAGGCAGUUAUUUUCAACAUUGAAAAUGAUGAAAGCUCCUUGAGGAAGACUCAGUCUAGUCCUUCUUUAAACCAAGGACAUUUUUCUCUGAAUGGCAAAAUGGAAAAGGACAUUAUAGAACAGAAAAGAUAUCUCAAGUAAGGAUCCAUCCAUGCCGUUACAUGGAAUGACACAUCUACAAAAAUGUUUGGAAUAAUCUCAUGAUCACAUCUUUGAUAGUUCAGAACUAUACAGGGCAUAUUUUUUUGUAGUUCUGUUGAGUUUUUGAAGAUCUUCCAUAUCCAAUAUCUAUAGUUCUCACACCCCUUAAAAUCUGUACUCUUUGUUCUCCUAGAUAAACAAUAUUCCCUUCCUUCAAACUAGUUUUGGAUUUUAUUAAAUCUGUCAGAAUAAAUACGUAGGCCCUUGUAAAGGUUUUUUUGUUUAUCCAGCCCUGCUAAUCUAUUUUCUCAUCGUUGCAUCAUGUAUUUGUUUUUAUUCAGCUGUACAUUUCUUCUAAAACUAUUAUCACUGUUUUGAUCAAUCAUUUAAAUAUGCUUUGAGCAGAAAUAUUUUUCCACAACAUUUUAAUUCAUUUUUUAUUUAAAUGGAACAAAAUUUUCUAAGCAGAUCACAAGGCCCUACUGUUAAUAUGUGCAUAUUUAGCACAAGCAACCAAGACACAUUUCUAUCUUGGUUUGCAACCUGGUGCUUAAUUAUAUUAGGCUAUUUCAUUGGCUUGUAUAUUUAAAUAAGGAAAGAUACCAAAUGCUGAAGUAACUCAGUGAGUCAGGCAGGAUCUCUCGAGAACAUGGAUAGGUGAUGUUUCGGGUCAUGACCCUUCUACAGAGUCUGAAGCAACCAGAAGUCUAUGUUUUCCAGGGAUGCUGCCCAACUCACUGAGUGACUUCAGUAUUUUGGUAAACCAGCAUCUACAGUUCUUUGUUUCUACAUUUUGUAUGUUUGAACACUGGUCUCCACUUAUGGCUGCUUUUGAAAGAUUCCCUUCAUUUUUUUAAUGCUUGUUAUUUUGUACAAAAUUAAAAAAAAUUUCAGUGAGACUUUCAAUUGGUAACAGACAUUUUUAGCAUUAUUUUCAGCCACAAUAAAGAUGCAUUGCUUUAUAGGGGUUCAAGAUUUUUUAUGUUCUUGGAGAAAUCAGGCAAUGGUCUAAUAGACAUUCAUUUCUAAAAUGUUGUUUAUAAAUGAUCACUUUGUAUAAUGUAAUUACAUGGUUAAAUAAACUUGAGUUUGUAAAAUGCCUGCAUUAUGGUUAGCCUUACACAUGAACACAUAGUAGUAUGCAUGUAGGGAAUCAUCUAUUAGUGUCAAUGGAGAAAGGAAGGCCGGACAUUUUAUAUUAUUGUUGCAAUUUGUUAAUUUAAAAAUCUCUAAUAUUUCAUAUUUAAUUUUGCAAAUUGGCUAGUUUACUUCUUGAAUGAACAAUGAGAUUUAAUUUUAACUUUAAUAAUUGUCAAAUAUUGUACAGAAACAAAGUUGCAUACACAGUACCAUUUUCUGUAAGUGUGAUGUGAACAAUGUUAAAUGGAGUUUUCAAUAAUUAAGUACAUUUCCCCAUUUUUCAUAAGGAGAUAGUUUGCUUGGAUUUUGUUUAGUAUUAAAACAAUUGAAUGAAGAAAUGGAUUCUGUUUCUUUUUAAGAAUACUACCUGAUAUUUAGCAUCAAAGGGAAUAUUAUAUCUGUAAUGGUGCUUCUUCUACCAAUCAAUUUCUUUAUGUGCAAUAUAACGUGUGUUAUGGUGAUAUCAAGCAAAUCUGUGCCAGUAUUUUUACGAUGUUAAUAUGGAAAUUAUAGCUUUUGCUGUUUUAUGAUCCUUAUUAUAAUGUUAUAUUAAUAUUUGUUACAACAUACAAAACACUAAAGUAAGUUUUGUUAUAAACAGUACACAAAAGAAAAUAAAGAGUGAUAUGUAGCC